AUGGUGCAAUUUAUUUUGCUACUAUUGCACGCUUUACUGUGGGUACCAGCAGUAUCUAUUGGUAAAGCUACACCGCCCAUAGCCCAAACAGAUCAAGGGAUCUAUAUUGGUCGCCAAAAAGCAUACAAUAAUACGUUAAUCAACUAUUGGUACGGCAUACCCUAUGCACAACAGCCAAUUGGUCGUUUGAGAUGGAUGCCACCUCAAACACUUCCUACAUCCAAUCAUACUAAGCGAGCAUACAAUGCUAAUGCUUGUCCUCAGAAUUAUAUAUAUGGCGUUUCUACGACUGAAUCCUGUUUAACCUUGAAUGUCUAUGCGCCGGCACAAGCAAAUAAUUCACCGGUGUAUGUGUGGAUUCAUGGUGGCGCAUUUAAUAUAGGAGCUGGUGUCUAUUACGAUGCAAGCUUGUUGGUUAGCACAAGCAUUAAUUACUCUGUUCCUGUCGUUGUUGUAACAAUCAAUUAUCGAUUAGGCUUGCUUGGAUUCAUGGCAGAUAAAGAUUUGUAUAACGAAAGGUCUGGCAUUGGUAAUCAGAGUACUACUGGUAAUUAUGGUAUUCUCGACCAGGUCAUGGCACUGAAUUGGAUAAAGAAAAACAUACAUGGCUUUGGUGGUGAUCCCCAGCAAAUCACAAUCGGAGGCGAAAGUGCAGGUGGCGUGAGUGUAACUAUUCUGCUAAUGUCAUCAUUAGUUAGUAAUCAAACAUUUCAACGAGCUAUCAUACAAAGUGGUGCGAUAUGGCCCAACGUUAUUAGCACCCUUGAGAAUGCAUUGAAUAAUAGCGGGAACAUUUUACGAGCUUUGACCAAUUGUACCACGACACAAUGUAUGCGAAAUCUAAGUGUUGAUCGUAUACUUGAAAUUCAGGACGUUGCAUCCAAGCGUAAUAUUGGUGUCAUUACUAUACCCGUAAUUGACGAUUAUGUUAUUGAUGAUUUCAUGGAAAAUAAACUUGCCAAAGGAGAUUUUCACAAAGUUCCCUUAUUGAUAGGAUCGAAUACAAACGAAACAUCAUCGCUCGUCUGUCCCAUAUUUAACGGGACCGCCAAUAGGACACAAAUGGAAAUAUUUCUCAGUACAAUCUAUAAUUCGACGAUUCUGAAUGAAAUUCCUACUGUAUAUGGACCAAUUUCUGCUUCCAAAAAUCCAUUGACUUAUGUGAAUAUAGUGUAUAGUGAUUCGUGGGCACAUUGUGGGUCCAGGCGUAUGGCAGCCAAGUUCUCCGACUAUGGACUAUCAUCAUACUUCUAUACAUAUAACUAUAUACUACCUGUUGCACCAACAUGUUUUGGCGUCUCACAUACUGCCGAACUUACCAUGUUUUUCCCAUCUAUACUUUCACUAUUAUAUCCGCACUACAAAUUGACCACAUCUGAACAGGAAUUGGCCAGAGAUAUGAUUCUCUAUUGGGUUAAUUUCAUUCGUUCAUCGAAUCCCAACUAUUGUACAAGCGCUAUCAAUUGGAACAUUUAUCUAACUUCAUCAGACAACGACUUGGUGCUAGACAUGGAUUCACACAUGAGGAAUCAAUAUUUUUCUGAUAAUAUAUUACAAUAUGACGAAAUCUACCUAGCUUUAAUCUGA